GGAUAAACAACGAUGCAGUCGGGCUUGCGCACAACUGGCUAUAUUCCACCUCACGGCUCAUAUAUCGCACUAUGGCUGGAUCCCGUACGCAUGGCCGAAUGCCUCGACGAUGCGCGUCUUACGACCGUCGCGAGCGAAUUGACACCCCGAAAGUAUAUAGCAUAUAUAGAUGAGGUCUAUGACUUUCCUCUUCGUCGUCAUCCAUGGCAUCGUUGUGUCAUACAGUUCGUGGGGGUUGGCAUGCCCAAAGACGAGCCGGAGGAAUUCAAGACAUCGAGUAUGUGCACACCCAUCAACCCCUCAAGUGAGCAUCCAGCGGGCCGUGAACCCCUCCAUCCGUCAAAGCCAUUCCCGUUCCCAAAUUGCUAUCAGCAUUCUUUCGGUUGUGCGAUCGUCCGCAUACCUACCCGUGACAUAGAUUAUGGCGAUGCCAUAAGACUGUCUCUAAAGGAAAGGAUGAGACAUGAAGAUUAUCUUAGUGAGGAUUGGGCACAGCACAACGCAUUACGCGCACAACAUAGCCCUCCCCCUCUGCCUGUGGAAGCGGAGGAGGCCACAACAUUUCCCGGAAUCGUAGCCAACUCCGAUUCACCUGUUCCUCCUAUUGACGCCAUGAAUGUGCAAGACUGGCUUCAGGCGGUCGACUGCAGCGAGGAUCAAGAUGGCGCGCUAUGUCCGCACGAGGAUGCUGUUUCUGAGCACUUUGACGCUGCCAUCACUGCAGACGAUGAUCGUAUACCUACGCUCAACAGCGACACUGACACAGUGUACUCCGGCAGUGCCAACAGCGAUGCCGACGCUGAUAAUCUCCUUCAAGUUAAUGUUGACAGUGAUGCCGACACUGAGGCCAUCGUUGAGGCCGUCCUUGGUCCAUUCCGUGCUAAAGUUGAUGAUAUCGAUGUCGUGCCUCUUGUCAACUACUCGUUCGAUUUGACCGAAGGAGGAGAAUGCGCUGAUCCCCGUGGGUUUAUUGAGGAAGCAGAGGCAAUGGCCGAGCUUAUCCGGAAAGCACGCGAUGGUACGCUGGGUGAUCCUCGGGCGGCAACACCUGACAGUGUGGUGCCGUUGGCUCAAGGUGUGGUUGAGGGCACCACUCCGGAGCUUAAUGUGGUACACGAUGAGGCUCCCACCAAUGCAGAUUCCGGCAAUGCUACCACAGAGCAUCUUUCGGGCACUAUGGAGACGGCGGUAGAGCGUUCAGCUGAUACGCCGCCGGAGUCCUCGUCAGAGACUAAGGGCGAGACCACCUUACCGGAGCCGCGGUCAAUCUGGCGACUGAUACGAAUGAAGAGAUCCCCGCUUUCCUCGACAAAAGGCCUGGUGAAGCGAAGUCAGCGUCAGAUCUCCACGCUGGCAGUCAACAUCAAGAGACUCCUUUGUCUUCGGGACGUUCAUGACGACUAGGAUUAUAACCUGACGACAUCCUGGGUCUGAGGUCCUGGCCAUUGGGUGGCCAGACGGCCAGAAAAGAUUAUCUGCUCGUGCUUUGUGAUUGCUACUGAUGUUAGUUGUGACGUAUUCGUGUCGUGUUUGAAAAUACAUUCCAUCUAAUCAAUAAUGCAGUAUUCGUUGCUGA